CCUUGAAAGUCCUUGAAAAGUGCUUGAAAUAUUUUGAAGUAAUUAAGGGCCCUUAGAAGUGCUUGAAAAAACUUUUAGGUGCUUGAAAGUGCUUGAUAAAGUUUACACUGUAAGUUAUAAUUACGUUGUACAUAUUUAUUUAGGACAAGUUUUUAGUGUGGCACCGUAAUUUAAUUCUACGAUAACUUAUUUAUGGUAUGUUCAAAUAGUUGUCAUUUUUACAUUGAAUAAUGCCUCGUUUUUCGACGGCAUACGAUAAGAUAUCUUCUAUGCACUAUUUUUAUCGGCAGUUAUGGUGUCAUCAGUGUUUUUGUUCUGACAAAUGACGAUCACUUUCAUUUGCUUUGUGUCCAGAUUGUAGAGCAUUACUCUAUGAUUGUCCGUUGCUGCAGCCAUGUUGGAAUUUGCAGUUUGUUGACUUCGUUCUCGUAAAAAUGCCGGGAGGGAAGUGUGUUUUUAGUGAUGCGUGGCUCGCAAACGAUAUUUAUUCAUUAUGGUUAGUGAAAGUGCCUGAAAAAAAUAAAGCAAGAUGUUCGUUUUGUUCAAAAAAUUUUGACAUAAGUAGCAUGGGUGAAGCUGCUUUGAAAUGUCAUAUUAAAGGUAAAAAACAUGCUGCUUUCACUGAUGCUGCAACAAAAUCACUUGGAUUGACACAGUUCUUUGGUGUUGAAAACUCCAGCACAGUAAAUGUCAAAGCUGAAGAGAAUAAAAUUAGGCCAGCUUCUGCUUCAGUUGUAGACAGCUGUCAUGUUACAAGUGUUAGUAGUUGUAGUAGCAGUUCCAGUCCUUCAGUAUCUUCACAUUUCAGUGGAACAGAUGUUAUGAAUGCUGAAAUAAGAUGGGCUUUGAAAUGUGCAACCAGUCAUUACUCACUUAAUUCGUGCGAAGGACUUCCAGAACUAUUCAAGAAUAUGUUUCCUGAUAGCAGUAUUGCGAAACAGUUUUCAUGUAGUGCCACAAAAUGUGCAUAUAUGAUAUGCUUUGGACUUGCACCACACUUCAAGGCUGCUAUCUUCAAGACUGCCAAUGAAGUGGAACACUAUUGCCUGUUGUUUGAUGAGAGCUUAAAUCUUUCUAAUCAAAAGAAGCAAAUGGACAUACACAUCAGAUUGUGGGACCCAAACAGCGAUGAGGUAGUUACAAGGUUUUUCACAUCUGUAUUUAUGGGACAUUCCAGCGCAGAAGUAACCCUAUCAGCUUUGCAAGAAGCAACAGAAAAGUUGAAUCACUCAAAACUGCUUAACUUGUCAAUGGAUGGUCCAGCUGUGAACUGGAAGCUAUUUAAUAUUCUGCAAGCUGAAUCAAAAAAGGAUUUUGGUUGCACCUUAAUAGAUGUAGGCAGUUGCACUCUUCACACUUUGAAUAAUUGCUUCAAACAUGGCAGUAGAUCUACAUCUUGGGAUAUUGACAGUUUUUUGGUGAGCAUAUACUGGCUUUUUAAAGAUUCUCCAGCUCGCAGGGAAGAUUAUUUGAAUCUUUCUGUAAACAAAAAACUCCCCUCUAAGUUUUGCAAACAUCGUUGGUUGGAAAACGUUCCAGCAGCCGAAAGAGCACUCGAAAUUUGGGACGACUUGAAGAAAUAUGUCGGAGAAGUUGACAAGGGACAUCUUACAAAAAUUAAAUGUAAGUCUUACCUUAUUGUUAAGGAGGCAUGUCAGGAUGUUUUGAUGCCAGCAAAGUUGAACAUUUUCCUUUCGGUCGUCAAACUGUUACAACCUUUUCUUACGAAGUAUCAAAGUGACAAACCACUCUUGCCUUUCUUAGCUGAAGAUCUAAGAAAUAUGAUUGUUAGUUGCUUGCAGAGUUUCAAUAUUAUGAGGAAUGAGUACAUUUCGAAAUUAUCUUCACCAUACCAGGUUUCACUCUUUGACUUUAAAGACAGAAAGUGUCUUUUAAGUUCAUGCAAAGUUAACUUGGGGUUCAUUGCUGAUAGACUAGUCAAAGAACUUGUUCACAAAAGGGAAGUUUCAGAAAAAGAGGUACUAGAACUCAGACAUGAAACACAGAAUUUCAUUUUCUUGAUGCUUGAAAACCUAGUGGUAAAAUCCCCAAUCAAGUAUGCCUUCGUUCGAAGCCUUUCGUGUCUUGAUCCAAGAUUUAUGCUAACCGAUAGCCACAGCUGCUACAAGAAGAUGAAGCAGAUUUUGUCAAUUAUUGUAAAGGCUAAACAACUUCAGGAAAAGAUGUGUGAUGAAAUCCUGUUGGAGUAUCAAGAAUUGCUCCGAUAUGCUCAUGAAAACAAAACAGCAUUUAGUGACUUUUCCCCUGAUGUGUCUCGAAUUGAUGUUUUCUUUCGCAAUUACCUUGGUGGUGAGAAAAAGUUUGUGAAACUGUGGCCAGUUAUAAAAAUGCUUUUAAUUUUUUCACAUGGCCAAGCAGCUGUAGAGCGAGGGUUUUCUGUUAAUCGCCAUAUAGAAGUGGAAAAUCUAAAGGAAGAUUCGUAUGCAGCAAAGAGAUUAACCAUUGAAGAGGUCAGAAAAUGUGGCGGUGUUACAAAUGUUCCUCUAACAAGAGAGUUGCGGGCUUCUGUUGCAGCAGCUCGUCAGAAGUACAUGUCAUACUUGGAAGAGGAACGCAAGAAAAAAUCUAAUGCGCUGGAAAAGAAACGUAGUCUUCAGUUAAGUGAGGAGUUAGAAGUUCAUAAAACAAAGAAGAUUCGACUACAACAAACAAUAGACAGUCUCCAAAAAUCUGCCGAUGAACUUGCUGAGCAGGCAGAAAAAACUGAAAAUGUGAACUUGAUUAUCCAGUCAAACAGUUUUAGAAAGACAGCUAAAGAAAAGUUACUUGAAAUUAAAAAGAUAGAAAAGAAAAUUCAAGAAGUAUCUGAAAACAUGAGGAGAGUAAAAUAAUCAAAAUUGUUAUAUUUUGUUGUGCUAUAUUAAAUAUUAAUAUCAUGAACCUUUGAGAGAUGUACUGUAAACUGUCUAAUAUGAGUACAUUCCUAUUUUCUAGUAGUAAUGAGUAAAAAGUGCAUUAAUAUUAUUAUCUUGAUAUGCAACCUGUAAUUAUAUGUGCGUGUAGAUGUAAAACUAUGCAGUAACUUAGCAUGUUGUAAAUUAUGCAGUUGAUAAAUAUUUGAUAUUGCAUCAUUGGUAUGUAUUUUUGCCACACUCUUAAACAUAGCAUUGUUAUGAACAGGAAUUCUGUAAUAAUGGGACUGUCAAGGUUAUAGUAUUUGAAGUUAGGAAUUCCAUGAGUGCUAAUUCAAUAUUCUUAAAUUUAAAUUCCUACCAAAUACCUACCUAACCAAAUGCCUACCUAAAUAACUUACUAUAAUAAUUGUGAACCAGUUCGGUAUAAUGUUAAACUCAGCCAAUUUGCAAUGUUACUGUCCCUCCGAUAAGCUUUUAUCUUUUUGUUUAUA